AUGUCCACGGCUGCGUCAUCCUCAUCAGCGCCUCCGACGGUUGUUCGCAGCCUUUCCACUUCAUCACGCCCUCAAGCGCAGCGUCCCCCGUCGUCCGAUCUCCCCCACAGGGCUCGAAGCACCACCACUAGACCGCCUUCAUCCUAUUCCAACCACCACUCGUCUUCUCGAUCUCGGUCCUAUGACCGUCCUCCUCCCUCGAACCCCGCUGCGUUCGCCAACGUAGCUCGCCGGGACUUUGAGCCCUCCAACGCUGCCUGGACUUUGUCUUCCCGUCGGGAAAGCUCCAGAGAUCGCUCUCAAGAGCGACACCCUUACCGGUCCGACUCCGUUCGCUCCCAGCAUCAUCGGGCCUCAUCCAGACAUCAACGGGACAGCAUCGAUAUGGCGGCAGCGACGACGGCUCCUGCGGUCGCGGACGGCGCCGCAGCGCCAGCACAACCCGUCCCCGGUUCGCAACCGCCCGCUGCGAACCCCGCUCAGCCGAAGCGUCGAACUAUGAUCACUACUCCGACCGGUCAAUGGGCCCUUGGGAAAACCAUUGGAGCUGGAAGCAUGGGGAAGGUCAAGAUUGCCAAGAAUCUGGAAACAGGGGAACAGGUUGCUGUGAAGAUUGUUCCGAGACAAGCAAUCGACGAACAUCGCAGUGGCCGAGACGCCGAACGAGCGGAUCGCUCCAAGGAAAUCCGGACUGCGAGAGAAGCGGCCAUCGUUUCCCUCCUCGACCACCCGUAUGUCUGCGGCAUGCGGGAUGUCGUCCGCACGACCUAUCACUGGUAUAUGCUGUUUGAAUACGUCAACGGAGGCCAGAUGUUGGACUACAUCAUCUCUCACGGCAAGCUCAAGGAGAAGCAAGCCAGGAAAUUUGCUCGUCAAAUCGCCAGUGCCCUGGAUUACUGUCACCGGAACAGCAUCGUGCAUCGGGACCUCAAAAUCGAGAAUAUCUUGAUCAGCAAAACUGGAGACAUCAAGAUCAUCGAUUUUGGGCUCAGCAAUCUCUUUUCGCCUCGCAAUCACUUGCGGACCUUCUGCGGCAGUCUGUACUUUGCUGCUCCGGAAUUGUUGCAGGCAAGACAAUAUACUGGCCCCGAAGUCGAUGUCUGGAGUUUCGGAAUCGUCCUCUACGUCCUCGUCUGCGGCAAAGUCCCCUUCGACGACCAGAGCAUGCCACAGCUCCAUGCUAAGAUCAAGAAGGGCGUGGUCGAAUAUCCUCAGGGGCUCACAGCAGAAUGCCGCCAUCUCAUCUCACGCAUGCUUGUCACAGACCCUAAGCAGCGAGCCACUCUAACAGAGGUCAUGAAUCACCCGUGGAUGACCAAGGGAUUCAACGGUCCCCCCGAAAACUACUUACCCAACAGAGAACCUCUCCAGCUGCCCUUGGACCCCGAAGUGAUUGAGAAGAUGACAGGUUUUGAUUUUGGUCCCCCGGAAUAUAUUACGGCGCAACUUACCAAAACUCUUGAAUCGGAGGAGUAUCAACAGGCCGUCAAGAUGUAUUCCCGAGAACAAUCGACUUCCAACGCAGGAGGUGAGAAGAAGAGAGGAGUAUUCGACUUCUACCGACGCCGGAACUCCUCCAGCAGAGAUACUCUCUCAACCCCCUCUGCCGAGGCUGUGCAACUGGGGAACGACCCUUUGAAUGCCUACAGCCCCUUGGUGUCAGUUUACUUCCUUGUCAAGGAGAAGCUGGACCGGGAAAGAGCAGCAAAGAACUCUGGGACGCUCGGUAUCCAUACACCCGGUGAUACGGUCCUCAAGAUGCCUGACCUACCGGCUCCCGAAGCGGCGCAUACCAAUCAGUACGAAUUGCCUGGGGAGAAAGACACUGGUGGAAGAACUCGUCCACGUGCGAGAACGCAUGGAGAUGACGAGAUCGGGGAGGGAAUCAAGAAACUCCAUCUCGGUUCCUCCGCCGCAGCUCCAUCUCCUGCUGUUGCGGCCCCACAACCCGAAACGCCUGCGAAGAAAGAGAGCACUGCGAUCGGUAUGUUGAGGCGCUUCAGCACGAGAAGGAUAAAAGACCGAGGUCGUGACAGUGACCGCGAGAAGGUCGUUUCCACUGCAACGCCAGCUUUGAAUGUACAACCACCAGCCGACCUGGCUUCGCCCCCUCAUCGGCACUUAAGCAUGAGACGGACGCGGCGCGCAGAGCCGUCUCCUACAACGAUCCAUCCUUCGGAAAGUCAGCCACAGCAUCAAGAUCUCUUGCGAACUCCGGGAUCGGCACCGCCGGCCUCGCAAUCCAACAAGUUCUUGGAGAGAUCCACGAGCGUGAAUUCGGCAGACUACCGUUCCCGACGAGUGGCAAGAAGAGGCGGUUCCGAUGCGAUGGGAUCCGGGAACGAACCCCCUCUCACGAGUGGCUCCGACCAUUCCAGCAUCAACGGACAGAAGGCCCAGCCAGGCGACUCUACAGGGGCGCAGGACUCCAAGCUCCCGUCUCGUGGUCACACGAUGAGAACGAAGUCUCUGGGUCACGCGCGGCGCGAAAGCAUUCAGGCUAGAAGAGCUCGGCGUGAGGAGGCCAAAGAAACCGCUGUUCCGGAAGCAGCAGAUGAUGGCGAUCUUUCGGGCACGGGAACGGCUUUGGAGAGCGCGAACACUGGCGAAGACUUUGCCAAACCAGUCUAUCUGAAAGGACUGUUCAGCGUUUCGACGACCAGCAGCAAGCCUCUCGCCUUCAUCCGUGCCGAUAUCAUCCGAGUUCUCAAGCAGCUUGGCGUUGAAUACACGGAGAUCAAAGGGGGAUUCAGUUGUCGCCAUGCUCCGAGCAUCGAUCUCGAUAAGGUGGUCGACACGGGUCCACCAAGCCCUGACCGACAAGGGCAGGUUUCCAGUCACCGGCGCCGGAUUAGUUUUGGAGGAUUGCGCAGUCACGAGCGGGAAGAAUCGAAGGACGAAACCAGGGCGGCGCAUUCAUCGAGGUUCACACGGAGGACCCAGGGACCGCCGGACCGUAGCUUUAUCACCAACUCAGAGGGGUCGGACGAGUAUGUUCCGCCUCGCGACAACGUUGUGGUCGGUGAGCGGGUGGUUGGCGAGACUACCACCAGGGUUCAGAGUGACACAGGAGAGAAUCUGGUUCUCCGAUUCGAGAUCUUCAUCGUCAAAGUGCCUCUGUUCUCGUUGCACGGUAUCCAGUUCAAGAAAGUGGCGGGCGGCAUGUGGCAGUAUCGAGAGAUGGCCAAGAGGAUCUUGGACGAAUUAAAGCUCUGA